AGUUGACUUUUGCCAGUUGCCGUUGAAUUCCGUGUCCGUGCCGUCUCGCGACAACGAGUUUUCACCAGCAGUGGGCCAUGUUUGCACCUGCUGGGAUGAGCGAUUCCUCCGAAGAGGACGAGUUCGAGCUGGAGAGUAGUGUCGGGGGACCCGAGCGGUAUACGAGGCCCAAGAGACCCCGCGAGGAGUUGAUUGACAUGACGCCUAUUUCGAAGCGAGACGAGUCUUCAAAUCCCACUGAUUCUGGAUUUUUCAACAAUGAUUCUGCCACACAGAGUCUUGGAUCCAUUAUGCAAACCAGUAUGCAAUCCAGUGGAAGCAGCCUUAAUGAAUUCGGAGACAGACCAGAUGCUUAUGUGAAUGGGUACUCGAACACGCUUAAUCCUGGUUAUAGCAACGGAUACUUGAAAGCAUCGAGCCCUACGCCCUCGUGGGGUUCCCGUAAGAGCCGUAGUCCGGCACCCUCUCUUACUGGGUCAUGGCGACAACGACGAAUGCACGAAGGUUAUUCUCAACCCCUCGAUGAAUUUCGAAUGGCAGGAAUGCAGGGAAACUUGCCUGUUAUUAAGUCCUUAGUACAGCAAGGAAUUGCUGUGGAUCAGAUUUUAAAAAGUGGUUGGACCUGCCUGAUGUAUGCAUGCUCAUGCGCAAAGCCUCACAUUGUGCAGUAUCUCUUGCAACAGAAUGCUGACCCAAAUCUUCACAAAGAGCUGUUCACCGCUCUCAUGGCUGCGUGUGCUUCAAGUCGGGAAAGUGAAACUGACUUGUUGGAGUGUGUAGAGCUCCUGCUCAGCUACGGAGCACUGGUGAAUACUGCUGAACGACACAGGAUGACAGCGUUGAUGUUUGCAAGCAAGGAAGGCCGCGCCACCAUCGUUCAGAGAUUAAUCGAAGCUAAAGCUGAUGUCAACAAGCAGGACAAUAAAGGGUGGACUGCACUAUGUUGGGCAGCUACAAAAGGUCAUGGAAAAGUUGUUAGAAUUCUUUUGCAACAUUCGGCUGACCCAGUAAAAAUGAAUAACCAUGGGCAGCGGGCAUCAGAUAUUGCUCUUGCAGCAGGAUAUCCUGAGAUCGCAGACAUCCUUGAUCGUGUUAUUGACAAAGGAAAUGAUGCUAAAGACAGCCUUUCCAUCUUGGAUGCUUUGCCUGAUGCCACGUUGCCAAAGUCACCUAAUGGAAGCAAAGAUGCAAUAAUAUACGGAGAAUUGGAGAUGGUUCUGUGUGGUCUAGAACUGAAAGAUUUGAUUCCUUUGUUUCAUGAACACAAGGUGUCCUUUGAAUCAUUUCUUCGUUUUACUGAGAAAGACUUGGAAAAUAUGAAUAUUGAUGCUGUUGGAGUACGCAAGAAGAUCCUCCAUGCUAUCAAGGAAAUCCACAAAAAAGAUUGGCAAACAUCUAGUCUACCUGAUUUAACUCAGAGUACAAUUAUUACUGUUCCAGAAGCAGUGGCAAUGAUAGGCAACAUCAACAAGCACAUAAGGUACAUGCAUGCAUCGGUUGGAUAUUUACGGGACCAGAUACAAGCCAACCCGCGUCUGCUUCAGCUGGGCCAGGAGGUUCAUUCUGUGUCAUCUUUGGCAUCCAAUUGCGGAGACUCUUUGAAAUAUACGCAAGGGUUAUUCGAGGAGCUGAAAUUCUUCAAAAAUUAUCUUGACAAAGUGUCAGGAAAUGCUGAAUACAGUCCUGCGGAUCUCAUAGUCGAUUGCACAGACAACGGGAGAGUUUGGCAAAGACGUAUAUUGGCUUCUUAAUAGCAACCACUGCAGUUGCUACUGUUUUAUGGUAUUCAAGACCGAGGAUAUUUGCCAAAGUAUUUAAUAUUACAAUUAUGCUGAACGACAUAGUCACUCUCGAUGUUUAAAAUGCCCAGUCCACUGUAAAUAAGAAAUGAUUUAAUCAGUCCAGUACUUUUGUCAAAUACUAGAACUAGGGUAUUUUAGUAAUCAGUUUGAUCCAUAACAUUGUUAUAUAUAUUGUCCUAGAAGUAGCAGUCUGCAUUAUCAAAAUCAAUAGCUAAUAGUUUUAUCUUGGGUAUGGCCAGUGAAUAAAUCAAAAGUAGAAAUAGUUG